CACUGGGAGAGGCGGAGCUUAGAGGUCACUGAGAGCACCAAGAUGGCGGCAGUGAAGAGAGUCCUGCACGAGAUCUAUAUGUCCCGGAUCCCGUUCACCGCCGGGAGCAGAGAGCUCCGGCAGCAUUUCGGUCAGUUCGGUCCGGUGGUGAGAUGUACCGUCCAAUUGAACAGGAAGACCGGCUUCCAUGCGGGUUUCGGCUGGGUGGGAUUCGCCAAAGAGGACUCGGUCGUGAGAGUUCUGAACCAGGAAGAUCACAUUGUGGAAGGCUACAAGAUCGACGUCCAGCUACAUGACCGACAAAAGAAAAGGCCAAGACGCUCAGAGGAAGACGAUGAAUAACUUUUUUUUUUUUAUUGUAUUUAAAAUGUUUAAAUAAACAGAAAGGAACACA